GGCAAUGCCAAUUUUUAAGUGGAUCAAAUACGGCUUGGUGCUUGCUUGGAUUCUUGGGGCGCAAUGAAUGCUAAAACAGAGCCACCAAGGCCCUUCUUAGGCUCUUAAUUACGUCCAGGCACCAUUUAACACACAGGCUUCCCGGCGCCCGGUUCUGCUGGGCGGCGAUACCUUCUCUGAGGCCGCUCGGAGUCGGCUCCGCUCCUGCCAGCAGAGGCGGAACAGCGGCCAGUGGCGAAGUCCCGGGAAGAGAGGACGGGCUCCCCGCCGCGAAGAACAGGACUAGAGCCGAAGCUGCUGCUGCUGCUGCCGCCUCCUCCUCCUCCUCGCCAUGCCCCGCGCUUUAGCCGCCUGCCUGUUCCUGCUCCCGCUCUGCGCCCGGGCUCUAGCUCUAAACACUGCAGAAGAUGUAAAGGACAGGACUGAGCAGCUGUCACAGACGUCAGAAAGAAGUGGAAACUCGACUAAAAUAAGCAAGGAACUAAAAGAAAUAGUAUUUGUCAUCCAGAGUCAAAGGAAUUCUUUUCAUUUGAAGAAAGCAGAUGAUCUAAAACAAAGUAUUUUCAAACAAGCUGCAGUUCUUGGAAAGGAGAUGCCCACAGUUCUGCUUAUUCAUCAGAUGGACAAGCAUGAAGGUGCAUGGACCAUUCUACCAUUAAUGCACGAUUUUUCUGUUACAUACAGCAGAAAUUCUUCAUGGUUUUUCUUCUGUGAAGAAGAUACAAGAAUACAUCUUGUAAAGCUACUGGAAAUACUUGAAGGAUAUGACAAGUCUAAGGAAUAUUUUUUAGGGAAAGCGUUACAUGAUGAUGAAUCUACAAUUAUUCACCAUUAUGCAUUUGCAGAAAACCCUUCAAUUUUUAAAUUUCCAGAUUUUGCUGCUGGCUGGGCACUUAGUAUUCCACUUGUCAAGAAGCUUGCAAAGAGGCUGAAGAAUGAACCUUUGAAGUCAGAUUUUACAAUAGAUUUAAAAUAUGAGAUUGCGCUUUAUAUCUGGGAGAAAGGCAGUGGACCACAUCUCACCCCAGUGCCUGAGUUCUGUACAGAAGACUUUGACUCUCCUAAUGCUGCUCACUGUGCCACUACAUUUGCUAAUUUCCUCCCACUUUGUGGAGAUCCUGUGAAGAAAACAGAUAUCUUUGUUGCUGUAAAAACAUGCAGGAAAUUCCAUGGAGACAGAAUACCUAUUGUAAAGCAGACCUGGGAAAAAGAGGCCACUCUUAUUGAAUACUACAGUGAUUAUGCAGAAAGUUCAAUACCCACUGUUGAUUUAGGAGUGCCAAAUACUGAUAGAGGUCAUUGUGGGAAGACUUUUGCCAUUUUGGAAAGGUUUCUAAAGCACAGCCCUGCUGCAACACCUUGGUUAGUCAUUGUGGAUGAUGACACUUUGAUAAGCAUUUCUAGGCUCCAGAAAUUUCUCAGCUGCUAUGACCCAACUGAGCCAGUGAUCAUUGGAGAACGCUAUGGCUAUGGAUUGGGGUCAGGAGGCUAUAGUUAUAUCACUGGUGGAGGAGGGAUGGUUUUCAGUAGAGCAGCAAUCGAAAGAUUAUUUGCUAGUAAAUGCCGGUGUUACAGCAAUGAUGCCCCUGAUGAUAUGGUGAUUGGAAUGUGUUUCAGUGGUUUAGGAAUUCCAAUAACACAUAGCCCUCUCUUCCAUCAGGCUCGGCCAAUGGAUUACCCAAAGGACUAUCUUUCCCAUCAAGUUCCAAUAUCAUUUCACAAGCACUGGAAUGUUGAUCCGGUGAAAGUGUACUUCACAUGGUUGGCACCAGAACAGAAAGAUUUUCAAGAUGGACGUAAACAUGUCAGGGAUGACUUAUAAUCUUUAUAUAUAUAUAUAAUAAUAUAUAAAUAUUGCUGUAGGUUUAAUAUCAGAGCACUGCCUGAAUUUUGUUGUUGUAUUUAUAAUGAUUUGUUGCCCACAUUGUAUUGAAGACUUAGGGCAUGAUCCGGUCCUGCUUUUGGCACACCCUCCUGUUUUCUCCCUCUGGUGUACUAGUGACAUGCAUCACGUAACUAGGGAAGGCUGGGCAGGGGUGUGGGGAGGGCGCACAGACCCCUCUUCCCUUGCAGUGCUUCAGCAUUCCUUUGUGUAUGUACCAAUGGUGGGAGAGGGAAAACAGAUAUAUAUUGAGCCCUAUGGGACUCCUCCACACACAGGCACACACUAAUACUGCGUCCUUCCUUAAAUAUCCCCGUCCAGAAUGAAUUAAAAUAUAUAUCACACGCUCACACAUUCAUACAUAAACUCAGUAAAUCUACACACUGCAGGUCUUUUACUGUUAAAUAGCAUUUAGUUUUUGAAUUUUGUAAACAUCCAUAAAAUGUCAAAUACGAAGUUUUUUUUUAAAAAAAAUAUUUUUAAAAUGAAAUUUCAAUGAUCAGCCCCCUGUCCUCCUUGGUUCUAUCUCACCACCCUGAUUGUUAGUAGCAUAUUUAGGGGCCUGAUGAAUUCCUUUGAGGGUUUAUCCACACUUAACCUUUCCCCCUGUUCUCUUCAGGCAUAGGUCCGGGUGUUACAGCUCUGUGUCCGAGCUCGCUCUCAUUCUCUCUCUCUCUGCCUUAGAGCUUUCCCCGCAAAAAACCCCCGCUCUUUAAAGCUGAAGCGUAACAAACUGCAAUUUGUAGUUUCCACAGAUUGCCAUUUGCUCUGGACAUGGAGGUUUAAAGCGCUGCCUGGGAAGUGCAGAGGAGUCCUGAGUUCCAAAGGAUUUUGUGGGUCUUUUUCUGUUGGUAUGUAAACAGAAGGGAGGUUAGAAUUAGUCUAUCAGACUAGAGAAAACUGGCCACAAGGUGUCACUACUUCGACUCCAAAAAUCUAAUUACACUUCCAUUAACAAAUGUAUCUCAAUGAAUCUUGGAAACUUACCUCUGUGAUACUUAACCUUCCUUAAAUGGCAUUAUGUAGUUUGUAUGUACAAGACUGAACUCUAGUUUACAUCCAUAGCUGAAUGUCAUCUACCCCUUCCUUUUAUUGAAGGGAUACUAUAAAUGUGCCUGGCGUGCUAUGGUCCAUGGGGUCACGAAGAGUCGGACACGACUAAACGACUAAACAACAACAACUAUAAAAGUAAUUGUGACAUGCUGAAAGCAGCUUUUUAAAUUCAGAUUAAGACCAAACCAAAAGCAAGGCAGGUGGGAUGAGUAGUUAUGAAAAACUUCACCACCGUCCAUGAAACACACACAAAUGUUUUCAGCAAUUACUUGUUGAGAGAAUUACAAAUGGGACAAAAAUGCUGGCCAAUUCAGAUUGGAAACGAGAAACGUUGCACUCACUCUGGUUUUGCUUCAUAAUACCAUAAUGUGCCCUGAUACGAUCAACUACAAGAUCUCUGAAUGGCUGGGAUUACCUCAGGAUGAGAAACCACUGAUUUUUAUUUUAUUUUUUUUGUUCUUAAAGAACCUGAAGUUACAGAUCCUGGAAAGAAGCAGUUGUGAGUAUGGGGUAAAUAAGGAAUAUUAAAAAGACAAACAAGGACUCCCUUUGUGAAUCUUCCAUACCUUCACCCACCAAAAUUUUGUGGUUGAAAAUUAAUUGCAGUCCUCCUAGUAAAGAUUUUUAUAGUAUCUAUCAUGAUAAUCUUAACAUUUAUAACAAAACUUGUUUUGUUGAAGGCCAAUUGGGGUUGCCUAACCUAAUGUUACUUGCUGUAUUUUAACCAAAUACAGGGUCUUAAAGCCAUAUUGUAUAAUUGUUUUAAUAUAUGUUUAAACAUGGUUAGCACAGCACUUCAUUAUGUUCCAAAGCAAAGCAGUUUCUUACCAUUGGCAAAAAUGGGACAGGAUUUUUUUCUGUCAGGAAUUACUGAAGCAGUAUGCGCACGCCUGUGAAUGUAGCUUCGGUAUUUUUAAGCGUGCAAAUGGUGAGCACAUUCUAGAUGGACAAGUGCUUGAAUUGGAGGAACCAGCAUCUUCAAUGCUUUCUCUUUCUUCCCUCUCUCAGUGCCUUAAACUAUAGGUAUUUCUAAUCAGAUAUUCUAUGUUUUUGAACUGUAUGGGGUAUAUUGUUAUUUAUGUUGUUUCAAACUGUGCAAACCUAAAAUGGAAUAAAACACAACUGUUUAAAACCUUGAAAUGUAUUAUACUAG